AUGAAGAUAAUUAUAUAUUUUUGCAUUUGGGCAGCAGCAUGGGCUAUUCCAGUUCCUCAAAUCAAGCCAUUGGACAGACAUGCUGUUGACAAGUCUGCAAAUUUAAAUCUUCCAGAAAAAGUGAAAUUGCCAAUACAGGAUGAGUUAAAUGCCAGUGACACCACCAAAGAAAGUGGUGUCCUGCGUGAAAAUGAAAGAGGAAGGCAACAAUAUACCAAAGAUGGUUACAAAGAAGAAAGAAAUGGUUCUGAAUGGGCACAAAUAGGAGGGAAAACUUCCACACAUUCCUUGUUAGUAAAUGAGGAGGGGAAUAGUGAGGGUCAAAAUGGGGUCACAGGAAAGCCAGAAACAUAUGGUUAUGAUGGGAUAGAUGGAAAAGAAGGUAACAUCACAGCAAAUGGUAUCAGGGGACAAGUAAGCAUCACAAACAAUGCUGGAAUAGCAAAUGGGAGCAAUAUUAAUAGAAAUACCGAUGAGAAUUCAAAUAAGGGAGGAAAUGUUGGAGAUGCAAGUCAGAGUGAGGAUGCCACUGUUGUCCAAGAAGAUGGUCAUCAAAUAGCUGGAAACAAUAACAGUACAGGCCAUGAGGAUGAAAUAAAUAGGAAUUAUUGUAGAAAUGAAGGUGAUACAAGUGAAAUAACAACUCAGAGAGAAAGCGAAAAAAAUGCAAACCAGGAGGCAGGAGUAACACCAGGGGAAAGUGGAGCUGGCAAUGGAGAAGAUGCUGGCCUGGAUAAUUCAGAUGGGAGUCCUAGUGGGAAUGGAGCAGAUGAAGAUGAAGACAAGGGCUCUGGUGAUGAUGAAGGUGAAGAAACAGGGAAUGGAAAAGAGGGCACUGAUAACCGUAAGGGCCAAGAGGGUCAGCCUCAUGGAAAAGAUGACAAUGACAGUAGCUUAGGUCAAAAUUCAAUUAGUAGUGAAGAUGAUGGCCCUGAAGACAAAGAAGAUCUCCAUGACAUCGGUGGAGACAACACCUCCAAGAGUGAGGAGGAUUCUGAUGGUGUUCCCAAAGACAAAGAUAGCCCAAUAAUAGAGGAUGUGCAAAAGCUCAAUUACAGAGAAAACAAAGCCGUGGAAAAGAAAAUCACUGGUGAAUCAGAGCCAGUAGCUAUUGGGAAGAGCCAAGAUAAGGGAAUAGAAAUGGAAGGUCCCAGAAGUGGCAACAGAAACAAUAUUACCAAAGAAUCUGGGAAAGUCAGUGAAGAUAAAGAGAGUAAAAGACAACCUGGAAUGGCCAUGGGCAAAGGAAAUGUCAAGACACCAGGAGAGACUGACAACAUUCAAGGGUCUAGUCAGAAAUCAGAACCUGGGAAUAAGGUUGCACACAGCAAAACAGGUAGUGAAAGUAAUAGUGACGGAUAUGACAGUUAUGAGUUUGAUGACAAAUCCAUGCAAGGAGAUGAUCCCAACAGCAGUGAUGAAUCUAAUGGCAAUGAUGAUGCUGAUUCUGAAGGUGACAAUAACAGCGAUAGCCAAGGAGAUAAUGGUUAUAACUCUGAUGAAUCAAAAGAUAAUGGCAAUGACAGUGACUCAAAUGGAGGAGGUGAUGAUGACAGUGAUAGCACAUCAGAUGCUAAUGAAAGUGAUAGUAAUGGCAAUGGUAACAAUGGGAGUGAUGACAAUGGCAAAUCAGAGAGCAGCAAAGAUAAAUCAGAUAGGAGUGACAGCAGUGACAGCAGUGACAGUAGUGACAGCAGUGACAGUAGUGACAGCAAGUCAGACAGCAGUGACAGCAGUGACAGCAGUAACAGUAGUGAUAGCAGUGACAGCAAGUCAGACAGUGACAGCAGUGACAGUGACAGCAGUGACAGUGACAGUAAAUCAGACAGCAGUGACAGCAGUGACAGCAGUGACAGUAGUGACAGCAGUGACAGCAGUGACAGCAGUGACAGUGACAGUAGUGACAGUGACAGUAAAUCAGACAGCAGUGACAGCAGUGACAGCAGUGAUAGUAGUAAUAGUGACAGCAGUGACAGCAGUGACAGUAGUGACAGCAGUGAUAGCAGUGAUAGCAGUGACAGCAGUGACAGCAGUGACAGCAGUGACAGUGACAGUAAAUCAGACAGCAGUGACAGCAGUGACAGCAGUGACAGCAGUGAUAGCAGUGACAGCAGUGACAGUGACAGUAAAUCAGACAGCAGUGACAGUAGUGACAGCAGUGACAGUAGUGACAGCAGUGACAGCAGUAAUAGUGACAGCAGUGACAGUAGUGACAGCAGUGAGAGUGACAGUAAAUCAGACAGCAGUGACAGUAGUGACAGCAGUGACAGUAGUGACAGCAGUGACAGCAGUAAUAGUGACAGCAGUGACAGUAGUGACAGCAGUGAUAGUGACAGUGACAGUAAAUCAGACAGCAGUGACAGUAGUGAUAGCAAUGACAGUAGUGACAGCAGUAAUAGUGACAGUGACAGCAAAUCAGACAGUAGUGAAAGCAGUGACAAUAGUAAUAGUGACAGCAACAGUAAAUCAGACAGCAGUGACAGCAGCAACAGCAAAUCAGAUAGCAGUGACAGCAGUGACAGCAGCAAUAGCAAAUCAGAUAGUGACAGUAGUGACAGCAGUGAUAGUGACAGUAAAUCAGACAGCAGUGACAGCAGCAGCAGCAGCAGCAAAUCAGAUAGCAGUGACAGCAGUAAAAGUGACAGUGAUAGCAGCGACAGCAGCGACAGUAGCGAUAGCAGUGACAGCAGUGACAGUGACAGUAGUGACAGUAGCGACAGCAGCAAUAGCAGUGACAGCAGUGAUAGUGACAGCAGUGACAGCAGUGACAGCAGUGACAGUAGUGACAGCAGUGACAGCAGUGACAGUAGCAAUAGCAGUGACAGCAGCAAUAGCAGUGACAGUAGCAAUAGCAGUGACAGCAGUGACAGUGACAGCAGUGACAGUAGUGACAGUGACAGCAGUGACAGUGACAGCAGCAAUAGCAGUGAUAGCAGUGAGAGUGACAGCAGUGACAGUGACAGCGACAGCAGCAAUAGCAGUGACAGCAGUGAUAGUGACAGCAGUGACAGUAGCGACAGUGACAGCAGCGACAGCAGCAAUAGCAGUGAUAGUGACAGCAGUGACAGUGACAGCGACAGCAGCAAUAGCAGUGACAGCAGUGAUAGUGACAGCAGUGACAGUGACAGCGACAGCGACAGUGACAGCAACAGCAAUAGCAGUGACAGUAGUGACAGCAAUAGUGACAGCAGCGACAGUGACAGCAGUGACAGUAGCGACAGCGCAUCUGACAAUGAUGAGAGUCACAGCAAGACCAACUCCGGUAACGGCAAAAAUGGAAAUGACAGUGAGAGUGACAGUGAGGACAGUGACAGUAAUCACUCAACCAGUGAUGAUUAGAACAGAAGAAAAACCCACAAGAUUUUUUUUUUUAAGUCUAGUGAGUAACUGAUAGGAAGUGACGAUUCCCAAGGAAGGAAAGGAAGGGGAGACAUCGACGGAGACGCCUACGUUUAUAGGAGCGAUGAGAGCAACAAACUGCCACAUUUGGAACCCAGUCCCCACACCCUCAGGAGAGAAUCUGAAUGCAGGCCCUUUGGUGUGUGCAUAUGAAAACACGUUGUGAAAAGGUUUGUUUAUAAAGCGUACAUCGAAACAUAAAGAACAGUGGAAACAUUCUUUAAUACUUUACACAGAAACCUCAAGUAAUCACGUACUAUACAACUUUGCUUUAAACGCCAAGCGCUUUAGGGAAUCGUAGCUUAGAAACAACCUGUGGCAACAACCUGUUGCCUUCAUCUUUCAGUAAUUACACGUUCUGGCUAGAAGGUCUGCUUACCGCUGAGGAGAAAGGUGCUGUUACCACGACAUCCAGCUCGGCCACUGAUUCAUUUGCUUGUUCCAAGGAGGAAGUAAACUUGUCACUUGAAAAAGAAAUGCAGCAACAACGGAACCUAAAUGGACCCUGGGGGUAAUCUUUGUAAUUAUUGAAUAGAAUAAUUUCAAAUUAGAACAAAAUUUGAAGAGUGCUAGUCAGAAAAUAAUUCAGGGCUGGUUUAAAUAACAAAAUCUGGUGUGUAGUAUGACAUUCCUGCAAAGCCCUGGAAAUUUUGCAUAAUGUCCCUAAAGCUACCGACAAAUCGAUGCAGCGCUUAGAACAGUAUCUUGCCUCCAGCAGCCACUUUCCGAAUAUGAACAAAGAAAUGAUACACAAAUGAAGGAUUCUUAAGGCGGGGUUACUCUUUGAACUCUAUGUUCAGAGCUCUGUUAAGUGGAAUCAGUGUUUUCCACCACGUGUCAAACUUGGCUCCCAUCUCCCUUGUAAACACCCACAUGCCCAAACUUCCAAAUCAGACUCUGAGACACCCUUUUCACUGUCGAUUGCCUUAAUAAAGCCAACAGUUGC